GGAGGGGAUCGCGAGCCGAAGGUCCAUUCGCGGAGCUACCCGAGGCCCAGGCGAGUGGGUCUACCCUGCGCGUUGGGCGGGCACCGGAGAGGCCAGAUGUGGUAAAACACCAGCUCUCGGGAAGCAGAGGCAGCAGGAUCUGUUUUGAGUUCAUGGUCAGCCUGAUCUACAGAGCUAAACACUUUGAGAUGAGGAAGGUUGAUCUCUGUUCAAGUUCUGAAGGGACUGAGGUGAUUCUGGCUACCUCCAGUGAUGAAAAGCACCCACCUGAGAAUAUCAUUGAUGGGAAUCCAGAAACCUUUUGGACCACCACCGGCAUGUUUCCCCAGGAAUUCAUUAUUUGUUUUCACAAACAUGUAAAGAUUGAAAAGCUUGUGAUCCAAAGUUACUUAGUGCGGACCUUGAGGAUUGAAAAGACCACAUCUAAAGAGCCAUUCGAUUUUGAGCAGUGGGUUGAAAUAGAUUUAGUACACACAGAGGGGCAGCUUCAAAACGAAGAAAUUGUGGCACGAGAUGGCUAUGCCACUUUCUUGAGAUUCAUUAUUGUUUCAGCCUUCGAUCAUUUUGCAUCUGUGCAUAGCAUUUCUGCAGAGGGACUAGCAGUUUCAAGUCUUUCCUAGUAAUUAUAACAAAAUUCUCUGAACUACUUUUAAAAUAUAGUUCUAGAAGCACAAUAUGUUUCUUUGGUAUGUUUACUAUUAAAUAGAUUUUUACCACUGUU